AUGUCCCUUUCUACACGUUUUGGAAAACUUGAAGAAUAUGAAAUCAAACUUGGAAGGAAGAAGGGUGUUUCCACUUUAAGCCAAAACUUCACUUGCUUUGAGUGUGGUAAGCAAGGACACAUAAAGGCAGAGUGUCCAAAUAUUAUCAAGAAAAAUGCUCUCAAAAAGAAAGAAUUCAAAAAGGCCUAUAAAGCAAGGGAGGACAAUGAAGUCAAUUCAUCUUCAGAGUUGGAAAAUGAUGAAUGUGCAAAUGUUUCAUUGAUGGCAUCACACCAAUCCGACGAAGAAGAAGAGGUAUGCAAAAAAAGUACCUCUAGUAUGUGGUACUUCGACAGUGGAUGCUCAAAACACAUGACUGGUGACAAAACAAAAUUUUCAACUUUAACUCUGGAAUCAAAAGGUUAUGUGAUCUAUAGAGAAAACAACAAUGGAAAAAUUUUAGGCAUUGUAAAAGUUGGUGCAGCCCUAUCUCCUUCAAUUGAAGAUGUUCUAUAUGUUGAGGGAUUAAAUCACAAUCUUAAUAGCAUUAGCCAACUUUGCGACAAGUGUUACAAAAUUGCUUUCAACAAAGAUAAAUGA